ACCCCGCCCCCCAAAACCUUCCUUUUCCCCUCAAAACCCGCCCCGCCCGCCGCGGUGACGUCACGCCCUCCGCCGCUCAGUGCGACGUGUCCCUCGGCCGGCGGCAAUCAUGGAUCAGGUAAUGCAAUUUGUGGAACCCAGCCGUCAGUUUGUAAAAGACUCCAUACGACUUGUUAAGAGAUGCACCAAGCCUGACAGGAAAGAGUUCCAGAAGAUUGCCAUGGCAACAGCAAUAGGCUUUGCAAUAAUGGGAUUUAUUGGUUUCUUUGUCAAAUUGAUCCACAUCCCAAUCAACAAUAUAAUUGUAGGUGGCUGAACAUUCAUCAUGAAGAAGAAGACAGUUGUGACACCUGCAGCAGCAAUGAUUUCCCAGCUUUAAUUUGUUUGAUAUUAAACAAGCUCAGUUUGGGUUUUCAAACAUUCUUGUCAUUGUAUUUCUGUUUUAAAGUGUAUGCAAUCA